GCCAAUCAAUACGAGGCGUUUUACAUUCGGGGGGAAAUUUGAAAACUGCAGGUUUUAGCUGGUGAUGCUGCUGAACUCUGCGGGUUAAAACCUCUUUAUCUCGGCGAUUUUUAUCCUGUGAAAUGGAGCAGCAUCACAGCAGGGCUGACCUGAAUGAAAAACACAUUUUAGAACAGUUCAAGAAAAAUGACGAAACGUUCAGAAACACGAUGGAGCGGAUUUUUCAGAAAUAUUCCAGUUUAGAUGAUCUAGGGCCUGAUGUCUGUCUCAAAACAAUGACCUUCACAUCAGAGAAAGGUUCUGUGCCUCUGGACAGCGCCACGGCAGAAAAGGAGCUACAGAAAUUAAGGAAUCAGCUCAAAGAGCGGCCACUGCAGGCAUUGGAUAGGCCUCAGGAAGAACAUGCUCUCUUGGAUCAAGAUGCGAGUUCAUCUCUCUCCUCAUGCCAGAUGGAUGUAACAAUGGUUGAUCUUGACCGUUCCAGUCAGAUGGAAAACAGCAAUUGCAGCCUGUGGUGUGGUUCUGAGACAUCUCAGCUCUCUCUGAAAUCAGUGAGCAGCUCUCGUAGCUGCUUGUGGGGCGAGCCGUCUCAGCCUGAGGAAGAGGACCGGGAUCUGGAGAGAACGCUAAACAGCCAUGGUAGCACCCUCUUGGACGUCUAUCCCAGCAUGCUGAACCAGAUUGGCGAGGCGUACCGACGUCAACACGUGACCGAAGUGGCUAGUGCUGUUUUGCACAGGUAUCGUCGCAGGCGCUGGCAAUCUUCCCAAGCACAGUACCGCAAUCAUGGCUUCAGCAAUAGCUCUAAACAUGCAUUGAACAGAACGAGAGAGAGCUCACUCACUGCCCCAAAACCACCCCGUGAUAACAUCACUAACCACCAGAAAAGUAAGUUCAAGUAUCAGGGAUCUUCACCACACAAAAGCAACCUGGACUUUUCGCCACUGAAGAGUAUCAGUAAUACAUCCCCUGUAUCCACUGCUUGUUUUUAUUCACCAAGAAGAGAUGAUGUGGAGAAAAGGACAGGAGUGGAAAACGGGUCCCGUUGGACAGGCCAACUCUCGAACAGCGAGUCGUCGAAUCGACCUGUUCGUGUGCUGGACCUUUCAACACCUCCGUCUUCUGUUUCUUCCUCCCCUCGUUCUCCAUCACCAGAUCUCAACCAGACCUACAUUGUUCAACCUGUCCCUUUGCCAAGAUCUCAUGGGAUUCCAGCCUCUUCUGUCUACGGCUCAACCUGGUCGCCAUUAAAAAUGGCCAGAAUAUCAUCUCUUGCAAGCCAAGGAGGCGGCCCUGUUAAUUCCUCUCCAUCCUCCUAUCGCUCAGGCCUGCGCAGGGACCACGUUAAUUCUCCCACUGCUUCCCCACAGAGAGCUCUCACUGGUCAUCUUUCUCAACUGAGGAGUCCUCUAAAGGCCAAAAUUAUUAGCCUGGAACACGACCGGCAAACAUCUUUGUCCUAUCCCAAACAAGCAUUGCCUGUGAUUCAUACCUCCGAGGUGUACCGAUCUCCUUACAAAGGUCAGCGAUAUCCCUCUCCCCUCCAGCAAGUCCCUCCCCAUCAGGAGAAUCCCAUCAAACAGCUGAAGCGUCAGCCAUCCUUCUCCAGCCGCUAUUCCCCGUCCUCUUCCAUCUCCCAGAUGCCCAGCAGGCAGAUUGAUGCCGAGUUCAUGAGUCUUUAUCAUCAUUUUAUCUGUCGCAGCACUAACCCUACAUCUUCCUGUCACCUGUGCAAGAGGCGAUCAGGGGUCCAAAGUCCAGCAGUGUUCUCCACGAGCAUGUCCGCACUCUCUCUAACACCUGUACGGAGCCGACUGAAGAAGAGACAUCGUGAGCCAGAGGUAGUGGAGUCACUGCGGUUCAAGCGUUUCCGUGAGAGCUGUUCACCACGCCGGACCACCCAGUUCUGGCCAAAGCAGCAACAGCAGCAGCAGCAGGGAAGCAGAUAUGUGAAUACUGCAAUGGUGGAGCCCAAUGAGGACAAAUACACCUGGAACAGGGCUCUUCUCCUGCAGUGUCCUAGCCCGGGAUUUCUCAGAGCCAUCAGACAGCAUCGGAAAAGUACGUCAGGAAGCAGCGGAAAAGGACCAGGCUCCAGACUGGACCUGCAGACACAACACUACUCCCCAUCUUGGAGAGAUUCACUGAGAUGUAGUGGUGCAGGUGAAAACUUUGACAUCUCUGAAGCAUAUGCAGGCACCCGGUCACCAGUGAGACCCUGGGAUCAGAGUGGUGUCUCAGUCUCCCCAAGGCUGUCAAGGAGGCGACUUCUGUAUGGACCUCUCCAGUGAUGAGCCUUCCCCAUUCGCUUGUGAUGGUUCGUUUAAGAGAAGCUGUUAGCGUAUCAUAUUUUUUACUGCAAUGUCUCAGACACAGUUAACAUGAAAUUCUGAAUGGAAACAUUACAUUCAAAACAUAGUCUCGAGUCUGUAAAUAGUUUUUUUGUCUCAGCAUUUUUUUGAGCAAGUUAAUUAUAUGAUUAUAACCAGGAUAAAACCAGCAGAAGAAAGAGGUUCUCUGGACCGAAUGCAAAAGCCGGCAUCAGCAUUUAAAAAAUGUACAUAUUUGUGAUCACAAUAGUAAUCCUGUCACUUUUCACUUAAAUAUAUGGAUAUUUUGUCAGGACCUGUCCAGUUUAACUAAAGGAUAUUGCUUUUAAAUAAAAUUCCUUAUUGUAACUUAUGUACUAUAGUUUAGGGAACACGUUUUUAAAUCCAUUCCUUUAGACAUAAGCUAUUAAGUGUACACAAUACCGAAGAAUCUCGAUGUUUUGUCUACCAGUGUCAGCUUUGUGUUCACUAUGCCUGUAAACUGAUUUUAAUAAAUAAGUUGACUUUUUCUACAUUGGAACAAUCAA